AUGCCCGGCACCUGGACCGCACAAGAAGACAUUCGCCUCCUCCUCCUCGCCAUCGACAUUCUCGGCGGCACCCCCUCCUACGACAAACUCGCCCAAGGCAUGGGUCCUCAAUACACACGCGAGUCCGUUCGCCAACACCUCGCAAAGCUCCGGAAGUCAGUUCCUCCUGUUGAAGGAAAUAGGAAAGCGGGAGUGUCGAGGGCGAGCAAGGCGAGCUCGAGCGCGAGCGCAGGUUCGAAGAAGGGAAAGGGGGUUAAGGAAGAGAGCAGUUGGGCGAGUGAUGAAAAAAUAAUUGAAAGGAACGAGGAAGAUGAGGAAAUGGAGAAGUCGGAUGAAGAGUAUUGCCCAUAA